AUGGCUAGCGUGCCUGCAAAGAGAGGGGGCCAGGCCGCCUCUGCUGAUGCCUCAAAAGGACGAGGAGGCUACAUCGAAUCUGGCCAAAAGCAUACCGGCCAGUUGUCGCUGCACCCGAUCCCUCAGCUGCAGGGUCCUUUCGAAGAGUCAAUAGCGGAAGCCCGCGAUGCAACACGAUGUGAAACGGUCGAGCUUGACGCCCAAACCCGACGUCGAGAUCUCCUUGAAACCUCCAAGUAUGAACGGCUUUGUGGUCGAAAAUGGCGCCAAAGGGUUGACGAACGAUACCAUCCACUGUGGAAGCUUACCGCUCAAAUGUCUUUUGGAGUCCAUCUCCUUGUUGGAGGACUGGCCAAGUCAGAUGCGGAAGUCUUAAAGAUUCUCCAAUCCCAUGUGGAUGAAGUAGAUGGUUUUCUAGGGAGAACUGCGGAUGAUUUCUCAAUCAUACGGCUUGAUGUACGCACACGCAUACAGUACCUGAGCCUGCCUCUGGAAAACCUAGAUGUUUUCGACGAGAUGCUAGGGGACCGUAGCUUUCGUCUCUCCAUCACUGACUAUAAUGAGAGGAUCGAACAUGCGAUCGGAAGAUUUACGGUCGCAGUCCAGGAUGCCUUGAAGGACAUACAGAAAGGACGGGAGGCCAUUGGUUCUCUGUGGAAAUACCUCCUACAGUCGGCAAAUGAGAAUGAUCCAUUGCCUGCAAAGAUGGUAGCUAUCUAUAAUGCCAUGCUAUCAAAUGCAGAAGGUUGGCAUGGCGCGUUCUCGGAGCUCCAACGGAAAGGCGUGGCGCUUCAGCAUGCACUUGUUCCACUCGGCUUGGCCGUCACUGAAAUGCAACGACGUGUCGGCGUGGCAAGUCGAAAGUCCGCGGUUAGUAUCAAAAUAUCUCAUAAUGCUCAACCCGUGAGACGAUUGCUCAAAGGAGUCUUUGGGAGGGAUCCAUCUCCUGGGCCCUGUUCUUCUAUCUCAUAUAAACCUCUUCCUCGUGCGCCAGACCUUACGCAAUCAGCAACGCUUGCCUGGCCGGCCGAACGCCGGAGACUGACGCAGAAAAGUGUGCCAAAUCUAAGGAGGACAGCGAAGAGAGAUGCUGAAGAUAACACUUUCCAGAUGACGGACCAAGCGACGUCCGUCAUUGACGCUGCAGACAGAAAGACCUCCAGGAUAUUUGCCCCUAGCAUUCAGCGCAACCCAGUCACGCUCUCAAAACCCACAUUGAAGCCGACGGAACCUCGGGACCAGCCAGUCCAGAGACCAUCCACUGCGCCAUCUAGGGCAUCCAGGGCUCGAAGCAUCUCUCUGGAUCAGUUAAAGAUUUUUCACAAAAGCAGGAAACAACAAGGACGGCUAGCUCCUCCUCAGGCCGACCAGCCUCCUAUGCCUCACGGUUCGCUCAGGCGUGAAGCAAUGAAAACCCAAUUGCUGCAAUUCUUCAGAUCGGACCGUGUGCAAGACGUCUGGGACACUGUAGCACGCAAUGAGAAAGGUGCUGUCGUGAAUACCUCUGGGCCCCCGAAGGAUGGACCGUGGAGCAAGUUUCACUCCGGAUCGCCCAAAGAUGAUGAUGCGGUGCGUGGUGCAGAAACUGACGUCCUUGAUCCAGUCUCAACCGUAGAUAUGGCCUGGCUCCCGGAAAAAGACUCGGAAACGCUCAACACGUAUUCAUUAAAACCGAAAUCCGAUAUAGCGCCCCGCUUCCACCUCUUUCCGGCCCAGACAAGUCACCCUCAAGGACGGAAGGCGCUCAAAAUCAAGAGUACUAUCAAUGAAGGCGUUAGGAAGCAAAAAGAACCCAUGCAACCAAUCAUUACAGCCCUUCCUUCCAUACCCGGGCAAACGGCGAAGAAGCCGUGGUGA